UACGUUACCAUGACAACUGACAGGCGGGCAAAUAGGCUACAGAGCUGUGACCGCUCCUUAAUACAAUAAUAUUUGUAUCAUUUGUUAAUUAACAAGAUUUGAUUUUUUUUAAUUAUCAUAUUACUGAAGACAAAUGGAAUAAUUAUUUAAGUUAGCGUUUAAUAAUGCCAGUAGAUGAAAUUCAAUAUUCCGAAAAGUAUAACGAUGAUAGGUAUGAAUACAGGCAUGUCAUUCUACCCGUGGAUUUGGCGAAACAUGUUCCUAAAUCACAUUUAAUGACAGAAACCGAAUGGCGGAACUUAGGCGUUCAGCAAAGUCCUCACUGGAUGCACUACAUGAUGCAUGGACCAGAGCCGCAUGUGCUGCUGUUUCGGAGGUUGCGAGCCGUUUGUCCGUAAUAACUGGAUAGAAUUAUUGUGAAUUGUAAAUUAUUGAGACGAUUUUAAUUUGGUAUACCUUUGUCUUCUGACAGUAUUUAAAUGAUUAAUCAGAACACAUAAGUAAAAAAAAACACAUUUUAAUAAACGUACUGUACAGCCUGAUUGUAUAAGUUUAGAAUAUACAAAAUAAAUUUAUUUAAAUAAAA